AAGAAAACAUAAAAGCGCCGUAUUAGAUGAGAGUAUUCGACUCGGAAGUUUUGGACAAGGAGAGAGCCAGUAAUCUUGUGCUUUAAUGCUUUUGCAGAAGCCAUUGUUAAGUAAAUGCAAGGAGGGGAAAUGGAGAAAGAUUUCUUGUUGCAAUGGGGGAACAGAAAGAGGCUAAGAUGUUUCAACAAACUCAAAAAACAGCAUCACCGCCACUUUGUCAACUCCAGCAACGGCGUCGGCGGCGGCAGCAGCUCCACGACGCCACCACAGUCCUUACUUUUGCCCAACAACAAGAAAAUGGGCUCCUCGCUUGUUGCCAAUCGUCACAAAAUGAAUUCGGAUUUGGGAACGAAUAAGCCAAGAUCGGCAUUGGCAUCACCGGAGAAAGAAGAUAGGUAUUAUGCAACAAGGGGAUCGGGUUCCUUGAUGCUGGAUGAUAAUAACAAUACCACAAAGGGUUUGAUGGAUCAACAAGUUAAGGAAGACAAGAAGAUUGUGUGGCCAAGGUUGUUCACCACAUUAUCUAACAAAGAAAAAGAGCAAGAUUUCAUGGCCAUGAAGGGAUGUAAGCUUCCCCAAAGGCCUAAGAAAAGGGCUAAGUUGAUCCAAAGAAGCAUUCUCUUGGUGAGUCCAGGGACAUGGCUAUCAGAUCUCUGCCAAGAGAGGUAUCAAGUGAGGGAGAAGAAGACUUCAAAGAAGAAACCAAGAGGAUUGAAGGCCAUGGGAAGUAUGGAGACUGAUUCUGAAAGAGAUUGACUGAUAAAUUUACAGAAGAAUGAAUGAAACAAAUUCUGUUGCUUUUUGGGCAUGGAGAGAAGAUUAAUGAUAUAAUAGUUUUAUUCAUCUUUUUCUGUAAUUCCCCCCCCCCUUUAUUUUCGUAUAUGGUGCCAUUGUAGAAAAGAGAAAAGGGGAGAAAUGGCCAAAUAGGGUUUGUUGUCUGUAUUUUGUUCUU